AUGGAAGAGAGAAACUCGAAGGCUGAGACCGUCGGUCAUGUCGAUAGCCUCGAAAAAACCUUCAAGGGGGUCAUUCAUGAGGAGCAUAUAGAAGGAAGAGAUGUCAAUUGGAAGUCCUUUAAAGAUGGCAUGCGGAUGCAUCGAGUCGGGAAUGCUUGGGCAGCGGCGGUUGCUGAAGGCGCCAAUGGUCGUGCUCGUAGCAGUCUAGGCGCUCUUGCUCGUACCACGUCACUGCGAGCCCCACAAAAACAUCCUGCAUGGGGUGAUGAGCAGGACGAGGCGGUGACUGCAUUGUUGCAGCAGCGGCCGCCAACUAAAGAGCAAUCACCAAAGAUUUCGUUAAUGACAUUGCUGGCAGAUGGAGGGAGAUAUUCAGACAAUGAUGAGGAGGAGGGUUAUGAGGAAGAGAAGACACAUAUAGGCCAAGACAAUGAGCAUGACGAUGAUGCAAAGGAGAGCGAAGGGGAUAUGGUGCACACAUGUUGUGUUUGUAUGGUGCGGCAUAAGUGUGCAUCAUUCAUGCCCUGUGGUCAUACUUUUUGUCGCCUUUGUUCUAAGGAGCUUUUGGUUAGCCGUCAAAAUUGUCCUGUUUGCAAUGGCUUUAUUCUUGAGCUUCUUAACAUUUUUUGA